AUGGAGAUAAGAUUAGAAGUUUUGACUUCAACGAGUAUCAAGCAGAAAAAAUCCUGGCCACGAGUUUCCUGGUUGGGACAGGAAAAUGAAGCUGUUUUUCUUUUGGAUGAUAAAUUCAUAAAUGAAAUUAAUUUGCUAUCAGGAAGGACAAAGAAGAAAAUUCCCAGUCUCCAGCCUUUGUUGAAGGAUGUUACAGUCCUAACAACAUCCAGUAAUGAUGCCUGGCUGGCUGGGGUACUUGAUACUGGGGAGCUUUUCCUCUGGAACAAAGAUCAAGAUUGUUUGAAAACUAUACAAGCAACUGAAAAACCUAAAGAAAUGAUUAAAGCUGCAGUAGCAAGCUCUUUGAGACUGUACUUGUAUGUAUCUGGCAAUGGGAAAAGAGUUCUGCUUAUAACUCCUUCUGGAUGCAUAUUUCUUUGGGAACAUUUGGAAUUCAAGAAUAUCUUAUCUUCCAAAAGCCCUUCAUUGGUGGGCCAGUGGUCCCAGAUCAUACCUGAAGAAGCAGUUCAUUUGCCUUCCACUGAAGAUAAAGAAGCUGUAGUGCAUGCGGUUUUUAUAAAAAAUGAGUUAUUUGGAGACUGCUGCUUGUGCUCAUUUACUUUCUAUUCCGGGGAAUGCCUGAAGUUAACAUUUCUAGCAAUUCGGUGGCAUGAAAAUGUAUUUACAUCUAUAAGAUCAUUGACAUACCAUGUUCAGUGGGCACAACAAGAUUGCCUUCUGUGCAGUCUGAUUCCUAAAUGUGAAUCAGUAAAGUCAAGAGGAGCUCUAAUUUCUGCAUUUUCAAGAGAUGGCAUUACCCUGGCAGUAACUCUUAAUCAGAAAGACCCAAAGGCAACUCAGGUAUUAUUUAUAAACACACUGAAUUUUGUUACACUCUGUGGUAGCCUUAAAGGAUGUAGUAAUAAGAAUCCUGUGGUUCCAGCUACACUUAUCAGGUCCUACUGGGUAGGUGAUAUCAGCUGGACUCAUGAUAGUCUUUUUCUGGCUUGUGUGUUAAAACGUGGCUCCCUGGUUUUAUUGACCUGCCAAGGUGAAUUGCUAACGUUAAUUACAUUUGGUUGCUCUAUAGAAUUUGGGCCAGCAGAAUUUAUUCCUCUUCACCCGCUAAUAACAUAUAGACCACAGCAGUUUACACUUCAAGAUUCAGAUAAUUCUGUAGAUUCAUCAGCUUCUGAUAGUGACCCUAUGAGACAGAGAUUUUCUAUAAAAGCACAUUCACGGUUACCCUACCUCAUUAUUUCUGAUGGAUACAUGGUCACAACCCUUCGAUUUCUUGAUAAUCUGUCUCCAACAGUGCUCAUGAGAUCCCUUCUACUUGAUUCAACACAGAGGCUUGAGAAAACAUACCAAAGUUUGAUAUUGUCUAAGCCAAAAGGCCGAGGGCUGAACUUGCAAUCACUGGAUUCCCUAAGAUCUAGCUUGUUAAAACACCACGGAAAUGAAAAGUUAGCUGAUUCUACUGUUCCCAGAUUCUUGCAGGCAGAAGAAACAAUGAAGUUAAAUGAAAAAACAGCAGAUUUGCAGGAUUUUGAAGCCGAAGAAACUAAUGAAGGCGAACAUUUUACAAACAACUUAUUUUCUUUUUGGAACCAAAAGAAUGAUCUAUUGUUUAGUAGUGCCAAAGAAGGAAGAUUGGAAUUUGCUUCUAUGUUUGAUACCAUACAUGCAAAAGAUAAUACUGAGGAGACAGAUAAAACUGUUACAGAACUGCAUUCUGUCCAGAAAAAUCUCCUUGCAGCAUGGACUAUAGGAAUUUCAAAAAAUGUGACAGAAAAAAAUUUAAUGUUAAAUUACACAGUAGUUUGUAUCACUCAUUUUUUGUACAUUCUUCAAUUUAUAAAAUGUCCUUUCCCCACACUUGAUCUUUUUUUAAGCAAGAGCCCAAGACAUAAUGCAUGGGUAGUUUGUAUAUUUCAACUUUUUCAUCAGUGUUUAUCAAUCCAGUACUGGGAUAUGAGAUACAGACAAAAUGUAGGACAUUUGGUAAAGCUGACCUCAAAUACUAUAAAGCUUUUGCUGACACAGCAACAACAGAAUCAGUUAUUCUCAAAGAAGCUUUUAGCCUGUUUUCAUUUACUCAGAAUGGUAGCUGAUCAUUUAAAUGGCGUAUACAGUCUUCAACCAGAAGUUAUUUCAGCAUCAACUGAUGGAAGUAGAACAGCAAAGCAAGACUCAUUGGUGGUACCCAUUUUUCAAAUGUUUCAAGAUAGUGGUGCUCAGAAAAACUGGUCUUGGAAUUCGUCUUUCAGGAUUCGUCCUCAAGUAUUAAAUUUUGUUCAACAGCCAGGACACAGAUUGAUUGUUCUCUGGAGAGUAUUGUACAGAAAAACUUUAUGGUAUCAAACACAAUUAAGUCAAAGAGUUCCUGAAGAUGACAUACAGUUAACUGAAAAGAUGACACAUGAAGCAUCUACUGUCAAGUCCCUGUUAUGUCAUAUACAGGCUAAAUUGCAGACUGCUGGAGUUCUCUUGAACCAGACAGUAGAACUUAAAUCUAUCAAUGGGGAAGAGUGUUUCCUAUUAGGAUCAUAUGAAAAGUCUGUUCAACUAUGGAAGAAAGCUCUUCAAGAAACCCAAGAGAAAGGAGGAAGAAGGAUAUGUUUUCUUCAGAUACGCUAUUAUCUUUCCCUUUUGUACUGCCACCUCUAUAACUAUAAUUUAAAUGAUGCUCAAGGAUUAUGUGAUCAGCUAGUAAGAGAAAUACUGAUAUGGUCCCACCUACCUGUAAAAGAAGAUGAAGAUUGUUCAGUUCCUGAGAAGUCUCAUUGUGAGUUUGGAGUGACUGGAAAUGUUCAUCCUGAAGCGGCGGUGAGGGUUAUCCAGUCCAUGGCUCGCUUCAUGGCUGCCUAUUUCACCAGUCAGCUGCUUUGCAUUUUGCCACCUCACAAUGUGAAUGUUCUUCCUCCCCUUCAUAUUAAAACAGAGCAGCCCUUUCGACUUAUUCCUCUGCAACACUCGAAGGUGGCCAGUGUUGUUAGAGAGCAGAAUCUUUCUAAUGUGUGGACAGUUGAAUACGCCCUUGAAUUAUUAUUUAUUGGUGGCCUGGUUCCAGAAGCUGUGUGGUUGGCACAGAAACUUGGUGACUGGAAGACAUCUGUUUCCAUUGGUGUGGCCUUGCAGCUGUUCUGUAAACAUGAUAGCAAUUUCACAAGGUCCAGGAAAAAGGGUCUGAAUCUACCGUUAAAUAUGACUCCAGCACAGAUUUUCCAGGAAAAACUGCAGUGUUUUUUAGGUCAGCCAGCCUCUUUGGAAGCAAAAAAAGAAAUGGGCUCAAAAUACAAACAGUUUACAGAUCCCAUUGAAGAAGAAGAUGCAGAUCUGCUAUUUGGUUCUGUGCAGGAAGUACUGAAAGCAGCAGUUAUGGCUGAUGCAGAUAUUCUUUCAGAGACAUUUCAGCUUCUGAUAAACUCUGCCAAGGACUUCAGUCAGAGACUGUGGGGCUUAGUGCCGGUCGGCUUGUAUCUUCCAGCUCCUCCAUUAUAUUGUCCUCAGCCAGCUGUUCUUAGUGAAGAAGAUGGUGAUGAUCUUCUUUUAAAAGCUGAAAAAGAUAAUCGCCAAAAGGUGUCUGGAAUCCUUCAACGUGUUCUCUUGCUUUUCCGGGCAGCUCGGUGUUCUUUUCCUGUAGCACAGUGGUACAUCUUGCAGUUGAGAUGGGCAAGAAAAGUCAUGCAGAAGAUUCGAAUGAAAGGAUCCCUUCCUUCAUUGAGUCCUUUCCCUCAGUCGUUACUUAAUUUCUGUAAAGGAGGUGUAGCAUUCUUUCGACCUGGGGCAACUGGAGACCACAAGCUUGAUGAAGUGUCCAUUAAAGCAAUAGGUUGCUUCAGAGAACUUUGUGCUUUGUGUUGGAUGCUGCAUGUCCGUGAUAAGUUAUCCUAUAGUUGCAGGCAAUAUCAGAAGGCAAGGGAAAAUGUGGAGGGAAAAAAGGACCUUGAAGUGAAGUUUGAUUCUUGUAUGGUUGAGCACUGUCUCAGUGCAGUGGAAUGGGCUUGUAGAAUGCUACCGUUCUCUCGGUUUUCUAAUAUUGAAGAACUUAUUCAGGAUCUAAUUUUGAGCCUCAUUGGAGAACUGCCACCAAUCAGAGAGGUAGCAGAAAUUUUUGUGAAAGCAUUUCCCAAUCCUGAGGACAUAAGGGUUCCUGUAAGAGAAAAAUAUCACUGUCUUCAACAGAGACUCAGACACUAUGUUGUGAAAGGUCCCCAAACUCAGGAAAUGAUGUCUGUUAUCAUGCAUUCUAUCCAUAAAGUGAGGGUAAAAGCUCUGAAACGUGUGCAGAGAAAUAUAGGUUCUUUUGAGAUGAAUAUAUGGGAACCAACUGAAGAAGAAAAACCAGCUGAGGUUCUAGGUUUUGACAAGUUUUCCUUGGGAACUAGUUUGAGCAGGAGCACACUCACAGAACCAGGGAAUUCUGUGGUCCACAGUGAUGCAGAUACAGCUGAUACUUUCUCAGAAGCUUUGUUGGCUGAAGAAAAAAGUAGGAUACAUUUCUCUCAAAGAAAUGCCCCAAAUCACAUGGAAUUAACAUUGACUGGUAAGCCCAGUGGAAAAAAGAAAAUAUGUAAUCAGAAGGAAAACCCUAAAAGAAAAGAAGAUCGUGAAAAGUUGUUACAAAAUGCACUUCCUGUAAUAGGUGUUUGGGAAUUUGAACGUGACGAUGAUGAAUAUAUUAAAUUCCUUGAACUCUUCUUGAGUUAUGUUCUUGAAAGAGACCUACUUGGUUCCAAGGAUGCUGGCAUUCCAUUUCUAACUAGCUUUUCUGGGCAUCUUAGAGAACAUGAACUUAAUUCUUUACUUUUUGAUGUACAUACAACAUUAAAACGACGUCAGGGCAAAACCAAAAACCAGAAUGUGUUUAGAGCUGGUUCUUGCUUUGUUGUUGCUCCUGAGUCAUAUGAGUAUGAAAAAUCAGAAAACCAGACACUUUCAGCUUCUGUACUGGUUAAUCAAGGGAUCAGGCCUUUUUUAGAGAACCCUUUGAAUGAAGUCAAUAAAAAUGAAGGGAAGAGUGGGUUGUUUGGUUUAAAACAGAAGUCAGUUUACAGAAUACAAGAUGACAAUGCAGAGAAAACUUUAAUACAGAGAUGGGCAAACCAUAGUUUUUGCACUCCCAAGUCUAUUGAAACUAGAAGAUGUAUUUUCAAAGCAAUUCAACGCAAUGAUAUUAACCCUCAAGAAGAUCUUCCUCUAGCACUAAGUAACACAUUUGCCAGUAUAAGAAGGCUGUUGGAAUGGAUGAUAAGAUGGUCUGAUAGAAGACUGCUCUGUGAUUUUGGUCUCACUGCGUCAUCCUGUGAGUACAGUCCCGUCAUUCGUGUAAAGACUUCUACAGCUGCCAUUCUUACAUCAUUGUGGCUUUUGAAACAACCCUAUUUUGCUACAUAUAAGGCAAAAAAUGCCAUUAUUAAGGUGCUAGAGAAUAAUUACCCUGAGCCUCAGAAUGGACCCAAUAUAGAGAGUGAUUAUAAAACAGAUGCUGGUUGUUCUGUUGCAGUAUCCACUCAAGGUGGGAGUGAGGAAAGAAAUGAUCAGAAUGAAUCUUGUCAAAGUAUCCUGAACUGCUUAAUUUUUGUCAAUAGAAUGCCAACUGAAGUAAAAAAUCCCGAAAUAAAAGGAACCAAUGAUGAGAUUAUUUCUGUCACUGAUGAUACUGAAAAAGUAUUUGUAGAUAUUGAGGAGGAUCUUUUAGAAGUAGAAACAUUUACACAGGAGGAAAUGGAUAUAUACCCAUCAGACUAUGAAGAGGAUGCCAAAGAAUCUGUUGGAAUUGUUAAAAGUCCCAGUAUUGCGUCUUACAUGCAGAUGCAGACUUUACCACAGCAUUUAGAAGAACAUUCCACAGGAGAGUUUCAGUGUCCAAGGGAAGAACUGUUAGAGACAUGUAUGGAGGAAAAAUCAACUGAACAGAAAGGUAUGAUCGAAGGCUUUAUAGAUCCAGAACACAUCACUCCUCAUUCAUUUGGUGUAGAUAUAAGUUCAGAAGUUUCUAGUGCACGGAUCUCUGCAUGUAAAUAUAAAUCUUCCUCAGCUCCACCUUUGGUAUCAAGUAGAGUCACUGUUGCUUCACAAACACCUGGGCCAACAGCUCAGCCAACCAGGAGAAACGAACCCAGGGCUCAGUUAUCACAUUAUUCCAGUUCUGUUAGGGAAAUGCUCCAAGAUGAAAUGUUUAAAUUAGUUCAGCUGCAACAGGUCAACUUCAUGAGCCUAAUGCAAAUAGUAGGAUCAUCCUUUGCUAACCACCCGGAUAUACAUCAACUUCUACAGCAGUCUCAGUCUGUGCAUUUGGUGGGAAGCCAAGGAUCAAACCCCACAAGAGGCAGUCUUGAUGUUGAAGACACCAGUAGAAAUCUGAAGGAGAGAUUUUUCGUUAAACCACAACCCAUGGGAGAGUACACCAGAGAGCCUGGCAAGAACAGCCCACACUGCCAUAAAGGAAUUGUGCAAUCUGAUGAAAAUAGUAAUGGAAAUUUACAGAAUGUUCCACAUAGGAGUGUUUCUUUUUGUCAGUUAGAAGGCCAAACCCAGAAUAGAGGACUAACUCCAGCAUCUCAGAGCUUACCAACCACUUCAUUGUCUCCAGCCCCUGCUGGAAAUACUCACCUCCACCUUUUGUCCACGUCUUCUGCCAUUCUGAAGACACCUGAACUUAUCCCCACUGCAAACACUUUCAGACCUGGUGAUGGUUUUCCUUUGCUUCAAUUUCAGCCCAACCCUGAAUUUAAGCCCCUUUCCUUCCAUACAGAAAGAGUUCCUCAAGUUCCCUUCAGUCCUCCGCCACAGCCAAGAGUGGCUUGGGGAUUAUCUGAUUUCUUCCAGCCUCCCUUGCCAAAGAGAGCAGUGGACACUACUUCAAUGUCCCAUUUGAAUUUGAGCCAGUAUAAUACUGAAGCCAUAAAAAAAGCAGUUGAGCAGAAGAAAUGGGCAGAAACAAUAAUUACAGAAAUUCCUAAGCAUGUGAACUUGGAUCAGUAUGUUGGACAAGAAAACUUGACACCUCAGCAGGACUCUGCAACAUUUAUAAAACCAGAAAAACUGUUGGAUGUUAAGCCAGGGCCCUUUGAGGUAUCUCCUCAGAAUUCUUUUGGACUUCCAUUAUUGCACCUGCAACUUAAACCUCCUUCUGUAUUUUCCUCUGCCUCAAGAGCAUCAGUUACAGUUCCAUCAAUACCUAUUAGAACUGUAGCAGAAGAAAGCAAGUACCCAAGACUAUCACUACUUCAUUCAUGUCUAUCCCAAGAAAAUAUGUACCAAAGCCCACAACUUAUUCCACUUGAAAACCUUAUUGCAUUUAAACAAAUGCAACAAAAAUUAACGCAUAAUUUAUUUGAACAAGGCGAUCCUGGACACCUCCAGCUUCUACAGGUUGAAAUAGAAUCAUCUGAAUUGAGACAAGGAAAGGACAGUAAAAAAAGACAAAGACGACGAGCUGAAAAAGAGCUGCAAGAAAAAAGAUCAGAGAAACUAAGGAGAAAACCAAGUGUGACUUUGCAGCCAGAGGAUUUUAUCAUUAAUGAUAAUGAUUCAGAAAUAGUUAUGAAGCCCAAGGAGCAACAAGAACAUCAUGGUUCCCAGCCUUUGGAAGACUUUGACAUUCCUUUUGAAAAGCUCCAGGACAAUGUUAAUACUUCAGCUGGAUUGCAUUUCAUGGCCUCUGUAAAAAAGAAAGUUAAAGGAUGUCAGGAUGCAAGUACAAAUACAGACCCAGAACAUGAAUCUUUCAGUGUUCCUCAACUUUUGGCACCAGAUGUAUAUCUGAAUCUCAGACUUUCCACUGAAAUAUCAGAGAAACCUCUGUCACCUUCAGCAAGUGAAACGGUACUAAAUUUGGAAGUUUUAAUAAGAAAAGAGCCUUCAGAUGAUAAUAGUAUCAAACAGCAAAGCGAUCGUCUAGAAGUCCCAUCUUCUGCAGAAUUACAUUACAUGGCAGCUUCAGUUACUAAUGCUCUUCCCCUGCACAAUUUUAAGAGUCAAGAUACUCCGAAGCCAGAUCUUCGAUUCAAGGAACCAAGCUCAAAGUCAGAUGCCUCAGAUUACCCGCUGUGGGAACUACUACAGGAUGUCUCUGCCACUCGUCCUGCGCCAAGCUCUGCAGCUCGCCGGCUAGAGCAUCUAACCUCAAAGCUUCAGAGAAUUGAUGAACAGCUGUUAGCAAUACAGAACAUUGCUGAAAACAUAGAGCAGAAUUACCCAAGACAUAUCAUGCUAGACCGACAUUGUAUUAAGGUUGAACCUGUAGAUCACAUUGAGCUGUCUUCUGGCCCCGAAUCUGAAAAAACACUGCCUUCAAAAACCAUUCACAUUCCUGAAGAAGUGCAUUUCCUGACUCAUAUGAAUAAAGAAGAUCAAAGGGACAACGAACAGAUUUCAGUAACGGAAACUCAUCCUAGUCAGAAAACCUGUGUGUUCCCUUCUGCCGAUUCAGCUGUCAGCCUUUGCAGUGACCAGAAUUUGACUUCUCCUGGUGUGAAUAACAGUGAUGAAUUAUUUGAGAGUGUUUCAGUAGAUCCACUCCAGAUGAGUGAACUGACUGAUAUUGCAGACAUUAUCAAUGACCUUAUAACAAAAGAUGGAGUUUCCAGUGAAGAGCUUGGCUUAACAGAACAACAGGCGAGGAGCAUCUCCAGGAUUCAGCAUUCCUCUGGUAGACGUCCACAAAGAACUGAGAAGGAGAGAAAAGAGAUUCAAGUCUGGAUGAAAAGAAAACGAAAAGAAAGAAUGGCAGAGUACUUAAAUCAGCUAGCAGAAAAGAGAGGGCAAGAACAUCAUCCUUUCUGCCCCAGGAGCAACCCAUUUUACAUGACUUCAAGGGAAAUCAGGCUGAGACAAAAGAUGAAGCACGAAAAAGACAGAUUGCUACUCUCUGACCACUAUAGUCGUCGAAUCUCACAGGCAUACAGUCUGAUGAAUGAACUGUUAUCUGAAUCAGUACAGCUUCCAGCAACUGCACAGAAACCAUUGCCUAAAAAACCCAGACCUGCUCAAAUUCCCAGAAGGCAACGCUCCCUUUCUCCAAGAGGAGAGAAUCGACAUGAUCACAAUUUUCCAAUACAUAGACCUGGAAAAGUCAGAUAUAUAUCCAUCAAACCAAGUUAUACCCAAAAGGGGAGACUUUUGGGGCAAACUCAAGGCUCACCUUGGCCAUGUGGAACUGCUACUUUUACCAUACAGAAGAAAGCUGGUGGAGCCAAAGUGGCAGUGAGAAAGGCUGUGCAGUCUCCAGUUACCGUCCGAAGAGGGUCUAAUGCUCCCUGUCUGCAGUGUACAGAAAAUCACACAAGUGCAGGUCUUGCACCUCAAACCAAGGAGGUAUGUUUAGAGUAUGAGAGAGAGGAGACUGUGGUGAGCCCCUGGAUGGUACCUUCAGAGAUCCGUGCGAUUCUGUAUGAGAGUCACAGUUCCCUUCUACAGGACUCAUCACCAACUGAAGAAAAGCCAGAGCCUCCUUUUGGGGUGGUUGGCACGGACACCUUGUCUGAGAGCACGGGCAGCAUCCUCAGCAAGCUUGACUGGGAUGCCGUCGAAGAUAUGGUGGCCGGUGUGGAGGACAAGAGCCCGUCUGUCCACUGGGCCCUGGACCUGUAA